AUGUUCGAGCGCUUCACGGAGAAGGCCAUCAAGGUCGUGAUGCUCGCGCAGGAGGAGGCCCGCCGACUCGGCCACAACUUCGUCGGCACCGAGCAGAUCAUGCUCGGCCUCAUCGGCGAAGGCACCGGUAUCGCCGCGAAGGUCCUCAAGUCCAUGGGCAUCUCGCUCAAGGAAGCGCGCAUCGAGGUCGAGAAGAUCAUCGGCCGCGGCAGCGGCUUCGUCGCCGUGGAGAUUCCGUUCACCCCGCGCGCCAAGCGCGUCUUGGAGCUCGCGCUGGAGGAGGCGCGUCAGCUCGGACACAACUACAUCGGCACCGAGCACCUGCUCCUCGGUCUCCUUCGCGAGGGCGAGGGCGUCGCGGCGAGAGUGCUCGAGAAUCUCGACGCGGACCCGUCCAAGAUUCGCUCGCAGGUGAUUCGCAUGGUGGGCGAGUCGCAGGAGGCUGUCGGCGCGGCGCCCGGCGCGGGGGGCGCGGCGGGGGGAUCCAAAACCCCGACGCUCGAGGAGUUCGGGUCGGACCUCACGAAGCAAGCGGAGGAGGCGAAGCUCGACCCGUGCAUCGGGCGCGUCACCGAGAUGACGCGCGUGACGCAGAUUCUCGGGCGACGCACGAAGAACAACCCGUGCCUCAUCGGCGAACCGGGCGUCGGGAAGUCCUCCAUCGCGGAGGGCCUCGCGCAAAAGAUCGCCGCCAACGACGUCCCGGAGACGCUCGAGGGGAAGCGGAUGAUGACCCUGGACAUGGGCCUCCUCGUCGCGGGCACGAAGUACCGCGGUGAGUUCGAGGAGAGGCUCAAGAAGCUCAUGGACGAGGUCAAGGCGGACGACGAUAUCAUCCUCUUCAUCGACGAGGUGCACACGCUCAUCGGCGCCGGCGCCGCGGAGGGCGCCAUCGACGCGGCGAACAUCCUCAAGCCCGCGCUCGCGCGCGGCGAGCUGCAGUGCAUCGGCGCGACGACGAUCGACGAGUACAGGAAGCACAUCGAGAAGGAUCCCGCGCUCGAGCGUCGUUUCCAGCCCGUGCAGGUGCCGGAGCCGACGGUGGAUGAGGCGAUUCAGAUUCUGCAAGGGCUCCAGGAGCGGUACGAGCUCCACCACAAGCUCAAGUACACGGACGAGGCCAUCGUCGCCGCGGCGAAGUUUGCGCACCAGUACAUCUCCGACCGCUUCCUUCCGGACAAGGCGAUCGAUCUCAUCGACGAGGCGGGCUCGCGCGUUCGCCUCGAGAACGCCGCGCUCCCGGAGGAGGCGAAGGAGCUCGACAAGGAGCUCAAGGCGUUGCUCAAGGAGAAGGACACCGCUAUCCGCGGGCAAGACUUCGAAGCCGCGGGCGCGCUCCGCGACAAGGAGGUGGAGCUCAAGACGGAGAUCCAGAAGAUCACGCAGGCGAAGCAGGAGGAGAACAAGGCUGCCGUCGAGGCUGGCGGCGGCGACUCGGGCCCGACGGUGAAGGAGUCUGACAUCUCCAAGAUCGUCGCCGCGUGGACGGGCAUCCCGGUUGACAAGGUGUCCUCGGACGAGGGCUCUCAGCUCAUGAACAUGGAGGAGACGCUCCACUCGAGGCUCAUCGGUCAGGAGGAGGCGGUCGUCGCGUGCUCGCGCGCCAUCAGACGCGCGCGCACGGGGCUCAAGAACCCGAACCGCCCGGUCGCGUCGUUCAUCUUCUCCGGCCCCACCGGCGUCGGCAAGUCUGAGCUCGCCAAGUCCAUCUCGCAGUUUUAUUUCGGCAGCGAGGACGCGAUGGUUCGCCUCGACAUGUCCGAGUUUAUGGAGCGCCACACGGUGUCCAAGCUCAUCGGUUCCCCGCCCGGUUACGUCGGGUACUCCGAGGGCGGUCAGCUCACGGAGGCGGUUCGCAGGCGCCCGUACACGCUCGUGCUCUUUGACGAGAUUGAAAAGGCGCACCCGGACGUCUUCAACAUGAUGCUUCAAAUUCUCGAGGACGGUCGGCUGACCGACUCCAAGGGACGCGUCGUCGACUUCAAGAACACGCUGAUCAUCAUGACCUCGAACGUCGGGUCGUCCGUCAUCGAGAAGGGCGGCGGCGGGCUCGGGUUCCAGCUCAACGACGACGCGGAGGACACGUCGUACCAACGCAUCAAGACGCUCGUGAACGAGGAGCUGAAGAAUUACUUCCGCCCCGAGUUCCUCAACCGUCUCGACGAGAUCAUCGUCUUCCGUCAGCUGAACAAGAACGAAGUGAGAGAGAUCGCGGCGAUCAUGCUCGAGCAGGUGUUCAAGCGCUUGAAGGAGAAGGACAUCACCCUGGACGUCACCGACCGAUUCAAGGACAGGCUCGUGGACGAGGGGUUCAACCCGACGUACGGCGCGCGGCCGCUGCGACGCGCGGUGAUGAGGCUUCUGGAGGAUAACCUCGCGGAGAAGAUGCUCAACGGUGACAUCGGCGAAGGGAGCUCGUGCAUCAUGGACGUGAACGCCGCGGGCGAGAUCACCGUGCUGACGGGCGACGGCGUGACGCUCAACGCCGGCGCCGUCCGCGGCGAGUCGGGCAUCGCGUAA